GGCAUGAAAGACUGGAUGGACCAUCAGAUGCGGGGGGAUGUUGAUCACAAAUGAGGGGCCAUCGGGCCAUGGUCCAAACCACUUGGGGAGUAGUUUGCGCGAAACUCUUCCGCGGAGACCCAAACCAGAUCACCGGCGCGGAUGGGACAUGGCAAGCGACGCCUGUUGGCUUGCUGCUGCAUGCGGACUUGAGCCGUUUGUAUGUUCGCGUGGGCUUGAGCCAGCAAUUCCCUGUACUUCCGGACGGAAGCGGGGGAUCAGCAGCGUCUAUGUCGGAUGUUUGUAGGAGGAGAAGAUCAACGGAAAUACGGCUAGUCACCGUCGAUUCCACAGGUCUGGAGGCACAUGCUUCUGCCACGACACGGUCCCUUGCUUGCACUGACAACGUGCGGAGGACUAACGGGUCUUCAAAGGCUAUCAUGGACCAUGGUGUGGUGCACGGGGCAGAGCAGAGGCUGCAGGAUAGCAUGGGUGAUAGGUCAGCUCAGGCAAUGGAGCAAAGCCCACAACACAGGGAGAGGGUGGAGCAGGGGGCAGAGCAGCGUGCAGAGCGUCCGGGGGUCAGACAGAUUGUCGUGCAGACGGUGGAUCAGAGGGUGGACGAGGUAGUACAGGACUUGACGGGCCAGAGGGUUGAGGAGAGGGUGGAUCAUAGCGCAGAUCGGAGAUUGGAUGAGAGAGCACACCCGUCGGACAUGGAGGGCAUUCGUCCCAUGGUCGUGCAGACUGCAGAGCAGCGUGUGGGGGUGGGUUUGGCCGCGAUGGUGGAGCAGAGGGUGGAACAAAGGGUACAUCCAUGUGCUGCCUUAGGUGCAGAUCCUAGGGUGGAGCAGAGGGUGGAGCAGAGGGUGGAAGUUAGGGUGGAUGUUAGUGUGGAGCACCACGUGGACCAGGGGAGAUCAGACAUCACACGCGAGAGAGUGGGCGAGAGGAUUGAUGAGAGUGUCAUCGGAGAUGAGAGCGGUGUGAUGGUGGAGGAGAGGAUAGAGGAUAGGGAUAGGGAACCCCCGCAGGAGAGUAGUGCACGAGACAUCGCACUCACCGGAGCUUCGUUCUACGGGAUUCCCCCGCUACCCCCACCUCAGGAACGAGCAUCUAAAGGAGUCAUGGGUGGUGUCAACCACGGCUCCAGCCAGGCGACACAGGGAGGGGGACACAGCUUGUUAUUGACGAGUUGUGUACCCUCGACCAGUCUAGCAGGCAUACCGCCGCGGCCCGAACCUGGAGCCAUCCAUUCACGCCACUCAUCCACGCUCAGUGGGGCCUCUAGUCUUCCCACGUCAGUACGACCGUCAUCAUCCAGGAUGAUUUGCACGGCCAUGCGCAGUCCACUUGGGAUGCCCCCGCUUCUAGCACGACGACCAUCAGCCAUCCGCGAUAAUGUCAAGACGAGUCGUGCCGGCAGGAAGAAGAGACAGAGGGAGGACGACAGAGGCGAGGAUCCACCCCCCGCACGCCUCAGAGCAGGCACCGGUCGAGCACGUGGCCGCCCACGUGGCUCGGGCAGAGGACGAGGCAAGCAGCAACAAUCAUGGGCACUGAGUGCACUGGGGGAUGCUGAUGCAGAGACUGCUGAUCUUGGGGAGGGGAUCGCUACAGGUGGCGGUGUCUCAGGCGGUAUUCAUACCAGAUCUCAAGUCGCCGGCAGAGAGAGGCAGAAAACCUCUUCUCACGUGGUGGACGAUGAUCCUGAUGGUGAUGAUCAUGGCAAUACCUCAGAUGAGAUGUCCGGCAAUGACUACGCGGACGAGACUCGUCAAAGGGGUCAAGCUGAGGGAGGAGACGAUAACAACUCCGAUGGCACUGGCGAAAUGGCAGAUUAGAGGGAUGUGGUGUCGUCGAGUUCAUUCUUUUGCGUGCAUGGGGAGUUGUGGCAUAGUGGGUCUCAAGAG